UACCAAGCCUACAAUAUUCUAAGAUGUACUUUCUCUUCUGUCAUUCUAUGUGUCUCCUUGGUGUCCUGUCUAUGUUGUCCAGUAUGUUAGAGGUAUCAGAGGCGUAUGAAAAUGUUGCCUUACACAAACCUGCAUUUCAAUUGCAUCCGUAUGACAGAUAUAAUAAAACAUUCGACGCAACUAAUGCAGUAGAUGGACUAAAGUCUGACUUAUCCUGGACGGGAGGUCAGUGUGCUGUAUCAGCUUUUGAAAAAGAAAUCGCCGCCUGGUGGGUAAACCUCGGCAGACUUCACAUCAUCCACCACAUCACUGUGUAUUUCAAGACAAAAAAUGCCAUUUGGGAUAACACAAACAACGCUACAUCCACCUUUCUAGGAUUUUCACUCUAUGUUUCCAACACAACAGAUAGAUUGCAAGGAAAAUUAUGUUUCAAGGAUAAUAACUUUAACAGAAGCACUAUUCCUGCAGUGUUUAGCACAAUAUGUUAUGUACAAGGACAAUAUGUCAUCUAUUACAACGAGAGACUGAAGGGGGUUACCUAUCCUAGCGAUUAUAAUUCAGAUGCUGAAAAUGAUUUAUGUGAUGUCGAGGUGUAUGGAAUAUGA